AGUGUCAGACGGACGGCUGGCGGGCGCGAGUCGGGCAGCGCGCUUCCCCUCACGCGCACUCGCGCCCCCUCCUGCGGCGGCGGCCGCUCGGCUCCGGACAGUCCUGCGCUGCGCUGCGCUCCCGCCGCCUCCGUGUCCGCGAUGGGGGGCCGGGGCCGCGACUGCUCCGGGCCGGCCGGGGCGCCGCCGCUGCUCCUGCUGCUCCCCCUGCUCCUGGUGUCGGGGCUGUCGCUGUCCCCGCCGCCGCCCGAGGAUGUGGAUGAGUGUGCCAGAGGAAUUGAUGACUGCCACACAGAUGCCAUCUGUCAGAACACACCCAAGUCCUAUGAGUGUUCCUGCAAGCCAGGCUACCAAGGAGAGGGCAAGCAUUGUGAAGAUGUGGAUGAGUGCCUGUUCAGCAACGGAGGCUGCCAGCACACGUGUGUCAACACCGUGGGGAGCUACGAGUGUCAGUGUAAGGAGGGGCUUUUCCUGAGUGACAACCAGCAUACGUGCAUUCACCGUGCAGAAGAGAAAGAGGAGUCUACCCUACAGCUAAUGGAGAACAAUGUUCCAUCAUCAGUAGCUGAGGUCGACAAAAGAGUAAAACGGAGACUACUUAUGGAAACAUGUGCUGUAAACAAUGGAGGCUGUGACCGAACAUGUAAGGACACAUCUACUGGUGUUCACUGCAGUUGCCCUGUGGGAUUCACCCUCCAGUUUGAUGGGAAGACAUGUAAAGAUAUUGAUGAAUGUCAGACUGGUAAUGGAGGCUGCGAUCACUUCUGCAGAAACACUGUUGGCAGUUUUGAUUGCAGUUGCAAGAAAGGAUUUAAAUUAUUAACAGAUGAAAAGUCUUGUCAAGAUAUUGACGAAUGCUCUUUUGAGAGGACCUGUGACCACACGUGCAUCAAUCAUCCUGGCACCUUUGAGUGUGCUUGUAAUAAAGGAUACACCUUGUAUGGUUUCACGCAUUGUGGAGACACUAAUGAGUGUAGCAUCAGUAAUGGAGGCUGCCAGCAGACCUGCGUGAACACCAUGGGAAGUUAUGAGUGCCAGUGCCUUGCAGGUCACCAGCUCCACUGGAACAAGAAGGACUGCAUGGAAGUAAAGGGAUUCCAGCCGGGUAACAUGUCCCCCAAAGUGUUCAUGAGCUGUACUAAGAGUGGUGGAGUGGAUAACUGCUUCCUAAACUGUCCCUCAGAUGUCCACCUCUCUCCAGGAUAUCAAGAUGCCUACUCUGUCACCUGUGGUGCCUCUUCUCAUCUCAGGAGUCGACUACAUAAAUCUAAUGAUUCUGCUUUAUUGGGUAAUUACCAAAGCCGCACAUUCUAUAACAGUGCUCAGUAUUUUCCAGAUGUCACCAUAGUCAGGACAAAUGUCACCUUUAGGCUGAAUGAAGGCAAAUGUAGUUUGAGAAAAGCUGAGCUGCUUCCGGAGGGCCUGCCAUCAACAAUACCAGAGAAGUACAGCUCAGUAAAAGAGGGCUUCCACUAUGUAAACCUUACAUGUGGCUCUGGCAAGCAAGUCCCUGGGGCCUUUGGCAGACCAACCAUGACCAAAGAAAUGUUUAUCAGUGUUGACUUUGAGCUUGAAGCAAACCAACAGGAGGUGACAGCAUCUUGUGAUCUGAGCUGUGUCCUGAAGAAGACAGAGAAGAGAUUACGUAAAGCUAUCCGCACCCUUCGGAAAACAGUUCACCGUGAGCAGUUCCAUCUUCGUUUGUCGGGAAUGGAUUUUGAAGUGGCAAAAAAGUCCCCUAGAACAUCUGGACACCCUACAGAACCCUGUGGCUUGGGGCAAGAGCGCAGAAAGGACAAAUGUGUCCCUUGCGGUGUUGGAACAUACGAUGGAGGUCAAGGGCGAUGCAUUUUGUGUCCAAAUGGGACAUACCAAGAUGAGGAAGGACAAAUAACAUGUGAACCCUGCCCAAACACAGAGAAUAUGGGGGACCAGAAGGCCGCGGGAGCUCGCAAUGUGUCUGAAUGUGGAGGUCAGUGCCUUCCUGGUGAAUAUUCUCCAAAUGGCUUCUCCCCAUGCCAGCCGUGCCCCCUGGGAACAUACCAGCCUGAAGGUGGCCGUACUUCCUGCUUUCCUUGUGCAGGAAGUUGGAGGGGAGAACUCACUACCAAACAUCCUGGCGCUACCACUUUCCAGGACUGCGAGGCAAAAGUUCAGUGUUCACCUGGGCAUUUCUACAAUACUACAACUCACCGGUGUAUUCGCUGCUCAGCAGGAACAUAUCAGCCUGAAUUUGGAAAAAAUUACUGUGUUUCCUGUCCAGGAAAUACCACCACUGACUUUGAUGGCUCCACAAAUGUAACUCAAUGUAAAAAUAGACAUUGUGGAGGGGAACUAGGAGAGUUCACUGGAUAUAUUGAAUCUCCAAACUACCCUGGAAAUUAUCCAGCCAAUACUGAAUGCACUUGGACCAUCAAUCCUCCUCCCAAGCGCCGCAUUUUGAUUGUGGUUCCUGAGAUAUUUCUGCCUAUAGAGGAUGAAUGUGGAGACUACCUGGUGAUGCGGAAAACCUCCUCCUCCAACUCUGUGACAACCUAUGAAACCUGCCAAACAUAUGAACGUCCGAUAGCCUUCACCUCCAGAUCGAAGAAGCUGUGGAUUCAGUUUAAAUCUAAUGAAGGGAACAGUGCCAGAGGCUUCCAGGUCCCUUAUGUAACGUAUGAUGAGGAUUACCAGGAGCUCAUUGAAGACAUAGUCCGAGAUGGCAGGUUAUAUGCAUCUGAAAAUCAUCAGGAAAUACUUAAGGAUAAGAAAUUAAUCAAGGCUCUAUUUGAUGUCCUGGCACAUCCACAAAAUUACUUCAAGUAUACAGCGCAGGAGUCCAGAGAGAUGUUUCCAAGAUCAUUCAUCCGGUUACUACGAUCCAAAGUGUCCAGGUUUUUGAGGCCUUACAAAUGACUCUUUGCUCAUCUCACCAGCUACAAAUGCUCAGGCAUGCCCCAGCCUAUGGGGUUUUCAAGGACAGAGCUGUGUCUGCCAUUUGCAUGCCAGUGGAGGGACAGGCAUGGUACCCAGUGUUAAUGACUCUUUAGAGUUUAAUUUUUAUAGAUAAUACAAAUAUUUUGAUAAGCUGAA